AUGCCAUUCUUUCAUUCCAGGUUACGAACGGAAAGUAUUUUAAGUUUUGAUAUCCCAUCGCGCAUUUCGAAGUAUUCCAAAACUUUGAUGCUUUUUACUAAAAGAUUGAAAAGUAAAGGAAUACAUCAAGCAAAUACACAAGCUGUAAAAUUUGAUCUUCAACAAGCGCUAAACUUGGAAGGCAUUGCAGAGCAUACAAUCUGUACCACUUCAAAUGAAUAUCCGAUUGCACCGCGCAAGAACAAGACGAGUUGCAAAAACCUCGGCUGUAAUGCAAAUUUUUGGAGCAAUUUUGGAUUAAAACCCACUCAUUUUUGGCAAAGAUAUGAGGCCACGAAAACUAGCCGUCAAACUAUGCGCCACAUAGUCUUCAAUUAUGAGGUAAUGAUGUUUCCACUUAACCGUAAGAAUGUCUUGAACAACAUACCAUAA